AAGCAAUUCGGAUUUCUAACCUUAGCUAAUAUUUAAUAUUGAUUAUAUUAUAUAAAUUGUCAUUGAUAGAAAAUCCGUGGAAUUGUUGAGCGUUGAUUUAUUCGACCUGUCAUUAAAAUAGGAACGUAGUAUUUAAGAAGAUUCUAUUCUAAAUUGUAUGCUGAAACAUAUGUAAUGCAAUCCCUGCGGUCGCUAUUUGUACAGAACUCAAUCAUAAUGAUGCGUGGAGCAAAGAUUAUUAGUCUAAAUGGAUGGUGUCACAGGCAACGGUCAUGGACGUCCAUUCUGCGGCGGUUAUACGUAACACAAGUGAAAUGCACAAUUCCUUUAAUUCAGAAAUGCAGUAUUACACAAACCGCUUCUGAAAACAAUCGCGAAAACAAACCAAAGAACAACCCGGACUUGGAUAACAAACACAAUAAAAGCUCUGAGGAUUUAGAUCGCGCUUUCAAUGUCCUGCAGAGUACGUUGCCAAAACUGUUUGUGGAGCCCCUUGACUAUUCCAUAUAUAGUCCAAAUUUAAUAUUUCAAAAUAACAUAACUGGCAAAUAUACGGUAGGUCUGUACCACUAUGUUAAGCAAAUCGCGAUUCUACGAACCGUGGGUCAUUUGAAGUAUGCGUAUGUUAAAUUCGAGAUAUUAAAAAUAACGAAACAUCACGAAGAUUGUACAGUUCGGAUCAGAUGGCGAGUGAGGGGCAUAUCAGGCUUAAAAGUAAUGUUUCAAUUUUGGAAAUACAAAGUGUGGCAGCUACAAGAAGUCCUAAAAGACCAGGAGGCGUGGUACGAUGGAUAUUCGAUAUGCUUCCUUGGCGAUGAUGGCUUAAUUGGCAAGCAUAUCGUUGACAAAAUAAUGCCAGAUGAGAGUCGCGAAAUCGUUAGCAGCGCUUCCGGUUCAGCGUUACCAACUGGAUCCGUGGCGGCAACGGCGACGGUAUCACAAAAGAUCAAUUUUCAUCCUAAUGAAUAUUUAUUGUACCCACUUACGAAAUUAAACUAAAAUAGUUAGGGCCACAUCAAAUGUGUGUCAAAGAUUACUUAACAAAUAAAAUUUUUUUGUUUUAAAUA